GAUCCAAUGACCGAUGAGAGGAGCAGUAUCGGGUCAUCUCAAGAGGCUCCUCAGAUCUAUAGGUUUAACUUGGAGGAGAUAGAAUGUGCUACUCAGUACUUUUCGGAGGUGAAUUUACUUAGCAAGAAAAGCAGCUUUGCGGCAACAUACAAGGGGAUACUACGCGAUGGAACGGAGGUUGCAGUGAAGAGGAUCAACAAGACUAGUUGCAAGUUAGAGGAAGCUGAGUUUCUCAUGGGUUUGAAGGCAUUGACAUUGCUAAGGCAUGAGAACCUAGUUGGAUUAAGGGGCUUCUGUUAUUCAAGAGCAAGAGGAGAGUGUUUCCUCAUUUAUGAUUUUGUUGCAAAUGGGAGUUUGUCGAAAUAUCUAGAUGUCAAAUGCGAUGAGAUUCACAAGGUCCUUGAUUGGUCUGUAAGAGUUUGUAUCAUCAAAGGCAUUGCUAAAGGUAUGGAAUAUCUCCACAGCGACAAACCUAGCAAGCCCUCCUUGCUCCAUCAAAACAUGUCAUCGACAAAAGUCCUCAUUGACCACCAUUUCAACCCCCUACUCUCCAGUUCUGCCCUGCACAAACUAUUAGCAGACGAUGCCAUUUUCUCCUCUCUCAAAACAAGUGCUGCCAUGGGCUACUUAGCCCCCGAGUACUCUACCAAUUAAAAUAAAUUAUAGUGGCAAAUACU